CAUCCUACUAUCCUACUCUUGCAUUGAGCCCAAACUGCCACGGCUCCAGUUUGUUGGUUUCCGAAGGUCAUUUCCGCCGGCCUGUUUAAAUUCCACCGCGAAAUUCAGCGCCACAUCACGACCUGCAAGCGAGGCUACUGGCUACUGUCAAAAUGGCGACCGUAAGGGGGAUGAAGUAAAUCUCCCUAGAUUGUUGUGAUUAACGCCUAAAGUACUUACCUGUUCAUCGCAAUGAUAGUGAUGAGCCAAGAAUCAUUGACAAGAAUUGUUGUGCACACCAUAAGUAUAUGGAUGUUCCCCUUGUCUCACUAAUCUGUCAUCUCCCGGUGUGUGAGCUAACCUUAUCUCAAGUGGCUGCAAAACUUUGGUUGUUUAAGUGGUUGUGCUCAAAAUGUCGGGUUUCCAGUCGAAGAGAGAAGGUUAUAACUUUGUUCCUGACUUUGUUGAAUUGAACGUGGAUCACAGUUUACACGAUGAUUCCGUAGAUUCUUUUUCUGUCUUCCGUCGCCGCUCUGUGUGGAGGUGGUGGAAUCAAUUUUCCCGAUUUCAGAAGAGUUUAGUGUACUUAUUACUAGUUUUAGUAGGUUUGUUGUACCUCUAUUGGCUAUCAACCCAGUAUGUACGACCUAAUCCAUACAUAGAUACUCAGCUGUCUGCAAGCCAGAGACAAGCACCUACAGAACACCAACCAAUUAGUAAUGAAGUAGUUAUUGACAAUAAGCCUCACGACAGCUCUAAAGGUGAUGAAGCAGUCCUUGAAGACGCCGCAGAGGGUGCAGCAGCGCCUGAAGAAGAGGCUGUGGGGCCGCCUGGAGGUCAUUUGGUCAAUGUUGGAGAGCAGCCAGGAACUGUAAAACCGCUGGAUCCUCUAGUGAAACCUAUUGCAAUGAAGUUCAGUGGCCCAUCAAAUGAAAGACAGGAAGCUGUUCUAAAUGCUUUCAAACAUGCUUGGAAAGGUUAUAAACAGUAUGCAUGGGGUCAUGACAAUCUCAAACCAAUAUCUGCCACUUACCAUGAUUGGUUUGGCCUAGGAUUGACGAUUGUUGAUUCUCUUGAUACAAUGUACAUUAUGGGCCUACAGGAUGAAUUUGAUGAGGCAAAGAAAUGGGUUUCACAUUCCUUACGGUUAAAUGCUGACCGGGAUGUGAACUUAUUUGAAGUGACUAUUCGAGUCCUAGGAGGUUUACUUAGUGCUUACCACCUCAGCGCUGAAAGGAUAUUUUUAGAGAAAGCGGUGGAGCUAGGAGAUAGACUGCUUCCAUGCUUUGAAUCUGACUCCGGUGUUCCAUUUUCUGAUGUCAAUCUUGGUUCUCUAAAAUCUCAUUCACCUAAGUGGAGCCCUGAUAGCAGCACCUCAGAAGUCACAACUGUCCAACUUGAGUUCCGAGAUCUUAGUCGCAUUACUGGUGAUCCUAAAUAUGAGAAAGCUGUUUCAAGAGUAUCAGAGCAUAUUCACCGCUUACCAAAGACUGACGGACUUGUUCCAAUUUUUAUUAAUGCCCACACCGGACAAUUUCGCACUUACUCCACAAUAACUCUAGGGGCCCGGGGUGAUUCAUACUAUGAAUAUCUCCUUAAGCAGUGGUUGCAAACUGGCCAGACAGUUGAUUAUUUCAGGGAUGACUAUUUAGAAGCAAUGAGAGGAGUUGAAAAACACCUUGCUCGGCACACACCUCGUAAAAAGUAUCUUUUUAUUGGGGAGCUAAUGACUGGGGGCAAGGAUUUCAAACCAAAAAUGGAUCACUUGACCUGUUACCUACCUGGGACAAUGGCUUUAGGUGUGCAUUAUGGCCUUCCUCAGAAACAUAUGGACUUUGCCAGUGAAUUGUUAUACACAUGCUAUCGGACCUAUAAAGAUCAACCAACAGGACUUGCUGCCGAAAUCACCUAUUUUAAUUUACAGGACACUGGAAAAGAUGAUAUGUUUGUAAAAACUAAUGAUGCUCAUAAUCUACUACGACCAGAAACUCUAGAGAGUUUGUAUAUUAUGUACCAGCUGACAGGGAACACAACCUACCAAAACUGGGGAUGGGAAAUUUUUCAGGCCUUUGAAAAGUACACCAAGACAUCUGUUGGAUACACCUCAAUUGGUAAUGUAAAGUCAACCCAAAGUCCUAGACCUAAAGAUAUGAUGGAAUCAUUCUUUCUUGGAGAAACUCUGAAAUAUCUAUACUUAUUAUUUUCGGAUGAUAGGUAUCUGAUUAGUCUUGAUCAGUUUGUUUUCAAUUCAGAAGCUCACCCAUUACCCAUUUAUGACUCAUAAAAAAUGUGUUACUACAUUAUUGAUAUGAUAUUAAUAGCAAUACUGACUUAAUUCUCAGACAAUUAGAUUACCUAUCUCUUUAUUUUUUAUUAACUUGUUUGUAGUCUCAAGGAAUCUCUUGUAGUCACCAUAUUUUCAAAAAAAUGUGCAUAAACAAUUAUUAUUUCCUUACUUCCAAUUACUUUUAAAUUUAUUUAUCUGCCUUACUCAGUUGUUUCAGAAGGGACAGGGUAGGUUAAUAUUAUUUGGUAACUCGUUAUUAGUUGUUCACCAAUACUUUCGUGUAUACCUUUGUGCUAUUUUAAAAUGUAUAAGAGGCUGCUGCACUUCUACUUUUCUCUACCUUUAUUUACUUAAAUCUCAUUGUAUAAUUUUUGGCUGAACUGAAGAUGAUAUAUACUCUCAAUAGUUAUAUGUAGCAUUGCCAUUUUUAUGGACUGUUCAAUUUGUUGGUUUGUUGGUAUUUUUUGUUUUUCUUCUUUGUUUUUGUGUUGACUCAAGGAUAGUUUGACUACCAGACUGGCCUUACUGCUGUGAUAUUAUUGUGAUUUGAUAAGGCCUCCCAACAUCCUUUUUUAACUCAUAUUUCCAUUAACUCUCUCCAUACAUUCAUUUGAUUUGGUUCUCUUAAAGGAAUCUACUGAAUCUAAAAAAGUCAAUGCCAAUGUAAAAUUUGGCAAUUGAAUUUCUCAUUCUUGCAAAUAUGACACUCCUAUUUUAAUCCGAGUGCUUGUACUGCAUGGUGUUUCUUUGCACCCUGUUUCUGCGUAUUUAGUCAGCAAUAUUGUUGUUCAUUGUAUGUUGUCCCCAUAUGAUGUUUUACAAUACUUUGUUCUGAAGUACUAUCAGCUUUCGAUGUUUACAAAUAUGAUCGUGAUGUAAAAUUUUACAUUGUAUGUGUUAAUUAGCCAAUAACUUGCAUAUCUUGUCGGGUACUCAGAUUCUUGGUAUUCUUCAUGUGGGGCGUGAUAUUUUUUUCUCCCUUUUUUAUGUACAUUGAAAAUUAACAUGUUUUUAAAGUUAGAAUUUUGAUAGAAAGGUGAAUGGAUCUUUAUGUUUAAUCCACUUUUGUGAUACAAUCUGGAUGUUUGUCAAUUUGAAACUGCUCUUGGUUUUUAUUUCUAUGAUUUGUUGUUUAGAUUAUUGUAUCUCAAUUUAUAUGCUUGACUAUUGUGAUGUAAAUGUUCUUUGAAUUUUGAAGGGUUUAGUCUCACCCUUGCCAAACUUAUGUUAAGUAUUGUUAAUGUUGUAGAUAAUUUUUGUAGACAUGGACAUGAGAAAAGAAUAUGUAAGUGGGCCUUCUAAAAUUUAGAUAAAAUAAUUCUUCUCCCUUCUGAAAAUGACCCACUGGUUGAAUUGACAAAACAUCUGCAUCUUCAAUCUUCACAUAUCAGUUUGUCCAUAGGAAUUUGGUACUAUCCAAUCAUUAUUUACCUGUCUUAAUACUGUAUUUUCACAAGAAAGGUUUGGUGGUUUGGUGGUUUCUUCUUUCAUAACCACCAUAACUUAAGUAGUAUUUUCCUACCAGAAUGAAUCCGUUUCUGUUCAAUAAUCUCACAUUUGUAGAUUUAAUCAUUGAUAUGCAUUUGCAUAACCUUAUGUAGCUGAUGACCUGUGCCAAGUUUACCUUGUGAUUGGCUAUCUCUUUUCAUCUGUGCCGUUAUUAUGAAAAUUGUACUAAACUACAGAAUAUGCAAUGUUUAGUACCGUAAGUCACAUUGUGGUGCAGCUUUGCUGUGAAAUGCCACACUUUAUAUGCAAAUCGCGUUAGACUGAACGAUUUUAUCCUGUUCCCUACAGUAAUUUUUUUUCUUUGAAAUAUUUCUAAUUUAUUAUGAGAGAGGGCCUUGUGGAGAUCUGAUACCUCUGGGAUGCAGAAUUUUUUGUAGAUUGCAACUGUCAUGCUAGACAAAUAGUUCAAUUUAUUUUCAUUUUAUUAUUUUAUUUUUGUGUAUAUAUUAUUCCCUAUCUAGCACAAUGGCGAGAACAUAAAAUUCUGUCAGAUGUAUUUAGUUAAAUGGACUGCAUUUCUUGUUACUCCAUGUUAUACGAUGUCAUACCUACUAUGAGUAAGUACGGUAUUUUAUUUCUGUGGGUUUUGAUAUAUUGUAAGAUUGUAUAUACUAUUUUCUCUUUAUUUUAAAUUGUAAUACAUGACCGGUUGUCCAAAAGCAAUUCAACAUUAUUGUGAUUGAUAACUAGUCAUCAGAGUGGCUUGGACAGGCAUGUUUGGAAGACUAUGAUUUAAGUAUGACUUAAGUUUUAGCACAGGAUGAAUGUGAUCUGUGUAACUUUUUUUUUGUCUCGCACACAAAUUCGAAUGUACUUAUAAAAAAGCUACUGAAUCUAUUUUGGUAAGCCGAAAUCAGUAAAAGGCAUCAGGUAUAA